GAAAUUAGUCGAGGGGAAAAGAUUGUGGGUAUUUGUGAGUUUAUUCGCAUGGAAUCUUCCUCUAAUUUUGGAGCUGGACCUGGUCGAGCCUCUGUUGGUGCAAGUGAUGGUGCAAUGGCGAGAACAAUUGUGAGGGAUGUUGGGUUGGUUGAGCACAACUAUGAAGGUCCUCAAAUGUACUGUGAGUGUGGCUUCAAGGCACCAAGGUGGACUUCAUGGAGACCAUGGAGCAUUGGGAGACGAUUUUAUGGUUGCCGGCACUUCUUGAAUGAGGUAAAUUUGGGGUUCUGCCUUAAGCCAAUGUAAUAUUACUUAUCUGUUGUUUGUUGUUUUCUUUCAAUUUUUAUUUACUUAUUUGUUGUUUGUUGUUUUCUUCCAAUUUUUAUUUACUACUUUUAGCCUCUGUUGGUGUUGAGCUCAAAAAAUUAAUGGUUCAUACUGUAUUUGGUGUCUUUGCUCUAAUGGUUGUGUAUUUGAUGUUUUGGGUGUUGUUCUAAGUGGGUAGGUGGUGUUUCAAGCGUAAAUGUAUGGCCUUUCUUUUGGUGUUUUGUGGUCAUAUGUGAUGACCAAAAUUUUGGAAGCUUUGAGAACAUGCCUAUAAACCAUUGUAAUGUAAUUGAAUAUGUUAUGCAGCAAUGGAAAAAGGGCUCUUCUACAUUUGUAAAGCUAUUUGUAAAUCAAGACAUAAAUAAUAAAUACUUAG